AUGGUGAUCGCUAAGUCAGCAGCUAUCUCCGAAUCUGCUCGCGAGCGGGAAACCUUCAAAUAUGACGCUCUCAUCAUCUCAACUGCCGGGCUCAACGGACCCGACCCACCGAAGCCAAUCCCGUCCUCGUUCCUGUCAUCAACACCUGACCCGGGCCUCACGGCCUUUGCCCAGCUGGGGUUGUACAGAUUGAACGCCGCCCGCGCCCUGAUCUCGCUCUUCGACCGCAAAUUUCAGCACAUCGUUGCCGAGGCGCUCCGGCCCCUACCGCCAACGACCGACCCAGAGGCUCAACAAGACCGGAAUUGGUUCAACGGGCUUGCCUUCGAGCGUGCGACCAGUGUCUGCGAACAUGUUGUCACCGGCGCGGCCUCGGGUCAGUCUGUUCCCGGCACAGAUCACGGUCUGGCUGCGGGGGACAUACCAGUGUCAGUCAUCGAGCAUAUCGACCAGGAUGCACGAUUCUGUCAGCUAGAAGAUCCGGGCCGACAGUUCUAUGCCGGAGUGCCGAUUCGCUCGCCUACGGGAAUCAACAUUGGGGUCUACUGCGUGUUUGACGACAAGCCUCGGCCGGGAGGACUCAGCGCCGACGAGGUGCGGUUUAUCCGCGAGAUGUCCCGGGUGGUGAUGGACUAUCUAGAGAGCAAGCGGAGCCACGAAUGGUAUCGACGCGACCAGCGCAUGCUACGUGGGCUUGGUAGUUUCGUGAAGGGGCAAGGCACACUGUGGAACUCCACCGAGGCUUUAGAGGAUCCGGCAUCAUUCCAAGACUUACCUGGUAUGGGCGAGGGCUUACUCAAUGCACGAUUGCAGCCACAGCCACAAUCAGAGAAGGCAACUAUUCAGCAGGAGCAGCGGCAGACGAUGGCGGCCGAUCUGAAGGCAUCAGUGGCAGAUCACCAUGUCCCGUCAACUUGGAGCGGCCAUGAUCGUGGGGUUGCCGAUGGGGGCCGAACAUCGAAGGCGCAGCCCAGCUCCUCAGAAAACCCUGCGAUGACGCCCGCACCAGACCCCCAAGGGACACCGGCCAAACCAGACUCGUUACAGGCCAGUAUAAGCCGUGUCUUCUCCAAGGCAGCGAACGUGAGCCGGGAGUCCGUCGAAGUAGAAGGUGUUGUCUUCUUAGACGCUAGUGUGCGCUCCCCAGCUGGAUUGGUCACGAACUCUUUGGAAUUGCCGACCUUGUCCGAGGUGCGACAUACCUCCUCUGGGGUGAGUAGUAGCGAUGAGGGUUUUCAGGGCACAAGCCACGAUUCUGGCGCAGCCGGCACUGGUAUCUGCGAUGUGUUGGGUUUUGCAACCUCUCACCGCUCCUCGAUUGCCGGUGACGCGGCGCCAAAAUCGUUUGCAGUUUGUAAAGAGCGGUUUCUGCUGCGGCUAUUGCGGAAAUAUCCUCUGGGGCACGUCUGGAACUUUGAAGCCGACGGGACGGUGUCAGACAACUCGACAAGCUCAGAGACUGACAUCCCCCCGGCCAACACUCCCGAGGCACUGCUUCCACAGCUGGCCCGCCGCCACACGGCGGAGCCACAUGACCGCCCCAAACGACGGCUGACUACAUCAGCGCGCAUCGUAAAGAUGUUCCCUGGAGCCAGGAGCGUCCUGCUUGUGCCGCUAUGGGAUGCACAGACCGGACGCAUUUCCGCGGGAGGCUUCAUGUGGACGUGCACACCAACACGAACAUUUAGUGAAGAGAACGAGUUGGCCUAUAUGCGGGUGUUCGCACUUACUAUUAUGGCCGAGGCGGCACGACUGAAGAUGCGAGUGGCGGACAAGGCCAAAACGGACCUCCUCGGAUCUUUCAGUCACGAGUUGCGAUCACCUCUACACGGGCUGGUUGGCGCAGUCGAGUUGUUGAGGCACACGACCUUAGAUACGAUGCAGGACGGAAUAUUACGGGCCAUUGAAGCUUCAGGAAGGACAUUACUGGAUACUAUCGAACACCUACUAGACUAUGUCAAAAUAACCUCCCAACAGUCGUCAAAAUCCAGGCGGAGACAUACUACUACCGCAGGUGUGCGGCAACGCUCCAGCCUGCCCACUUCAGACCUGUCCGCUUUACCGGAGUCCCCUGUCCGGCUCGAUCUGCUCGUAGAAGAGGUUGUCGAGAGCGUGCUGGCAGGUUCUAGCUACCUGACCAAGUCGGAGACGCCUCCAUCGAUGCUGACCUCCACGCAAACUGCGAAUUCACCAAAACACACGCACUUUGUCACCACUGACCCGACACGAGUCCGGUUUUCCGGCUCAACCGGUCUUGUCCAAACGUAUCUUGACGUCGACCCUUCUGCAAAAUGGACCUUCUGCAUGCAUCCGGGUGCCUUUCGACGAAUCAUCAUGAAUUUGUUUGGCAACUCCCUCAAGUUCACCCGCUCUGGUUUCAUUCGAGUCUCCUUACGGCAGGAGACCAAGCCAAAGCGGGCUGGUGUACCUAGUGCGACUCAUGUCGUGCUUACUGUCUCAGACUCGGGUAAGGGCAUAAGCGAGGAAUAUCUUCGCAACCACCUCUUCACACCGUUCUCCCAAGAAGACCAAUUCGCGUCAGGGACGGGUCUGGGGCUUAGUCUCGUACGGCAUAUGACGGUCACGCAAGGUGGCAUGAUUGAUGUCUCGAGCAAAGUCGGGCAGGGGUCGACUGUGACCGUGACUCUACCGCUCUCGCAAGUAGUGCAGGAGACGAUAGAUGAAGAGGGGCCAACCUUCUUGCAAAGCCUUGAUACACUAGCGGGGCGGCGGGUGCGGCUUUACGGUUUUGAUAGUAAAACAAGGGCCCCCGAAGAUUUCUCUGCCAUUGACAGCAAGAAAAGCUCUCAAUAUCAGCUAAUGGAAGCGAUAUGUAGAGAAAAUCUGCAUCUGAAUGUCGUCGCGGAGGACAGCGCCGAGUCAGAGCCGCCAGACUUUGUCGUAUGCGCUGCUGGUGAUGGCCUCACUUGUGCAGAUGUUGAGGCUUUGAACCAUGUGUCCUCGUGCCCCUACAUAUUUGUGUGCCAAGAGUUGGCCUCGACGCACAGGCUAACUGACGUUGAAUAUGGCGUAUUACCCACAGUUUACGAGGUCUGCUCGCAACCCAUUGGCCUGAAGAAACUCGCAACGGCGUUUCUGGCUUGCCAGCGAAGAUGGCACGGCCUUGCGAGGUCGGAUUCUGUGUCGACACCAGGGGUAACGGGUUCGAACGGACGAGCAGAUGUACAGCGUCUUUCUCAACUACCUAGACCACAGCUCGAAGCUCGGGAUCUAACCAUACAGCUUGCACAAAACAGGAAGCAUUCCAUUGCUAAGGAAUCUGGCCCUCAUGUAUUUGCGGAUUUUAGAGACACCACUUCUCCACCCCAACCGCUAUUAGCGAGAGAGUCUAUUGACGCGAUUCAAGCAAAAUCAAUCGCCACAGAUAUGACUGAUAUACCCCCGGAGCCACGAAGGCCGAUCUUGAUCGUGGAUGACAACAACAUCAAUCUUAAGAUCAUGGCUGCCUUCUUAACCAAGCUCAAGUAUACAUAUACGAUGGCGGUCAACGGCCUCGAAGCCUUGGACAUUUACACCAAGGCCCCGGCUGAGUACAGUUGCGUACUGACGGACAUAUCGAUGCCGAUCAUGGAUGGCUUGGAGUCAACGCGCCGCAUCCGUGAAUUCGAGCGCUCGGGGGGCCACAAGCCAGUUGUGGUCAUUGCUCUUACGGGGCUGAGCGGGCCGGAAGUCCGCGAGAAUGCGGUGGCGAGCGGUGUAGAUCUAUUCCUCACCCGACCGCUGGCACUGAAAGGCUUGGAGAAGGCACUCAUUGCAACAGGGCUCCUGUAA